AUGGCCGGGCUCGCGGGGCUGGCCUCGCGCGACGCGACGCGCUCGCCCGCGUCCUCCAUCGGCGGCGGGUACGGCCUAGACGCGGAGGUGUACUCCCCGCCGUCCGCGGCGGGGAGCCCCGGCGGAGGAGGGUUCGGGCUCGAUUCCGAGGUGCGCGCGUCGUCGCCGCCCGAAGGGGGGGGAUACGGGCUCUCGUCCGAGGUCAGCGGCGACGCGAACGACGCGAGCGCCGCCGCGCCCGCGUCGCCGCCGCGGGCGGCGGGGACCCACGGCGAAGGCCUCGGCGCGCUCGCGUCCGGCGGCCCGACGCUCGCGUCGUCGCCGCCGCUGUCCCCGAGAGGCGGCGCCGGCGCGAAUGCGAAUGCGAAUGCGAACGACGCGGCGUCGCCGUCCUACCGCGGCGUCUCCUCCCCGUCCAACUUCCGAAAGGAAGCCACGGACGCGCUCGCGGAGAAGCAGAGCAAGCAGCGCUUGGCCGCGGUGUUCGGGUCCCCGAACGGAGAAGCGGACGCGCUCGAGCCCACGAACGCGCGUCAGCUCGAGCUGACGAGGGUCGAGGAGGCGAACGCCGCGACGAAGAUUCAAGCCGUCUUUCGCGGCGGCAAGACGCGCGAGGAGAUCGCCCUCGCGAAGCGAUUCGGCGCGUCUUCCGAUCCCGGGCAGAAGGACACGGUGAAGCGAUCGCUGAUAUUGUCCGGGGACGCGCAGGAUCGCACGGAGGCUGCAUCCGCGGCGGCGGCGAAGAGCGGGUACGGCCUCGGCGCCGACGACUGGGAGCGUUUCGCCGCGCGGCAGCUCUCGCGGUUCGUCGCGCCCGCGCCCGGCGGGUUGACCGCAUCGGACGAGACGCGCGGGUACCGCCUGCGCGUGCUCGCCGUGGAGGCGUACCCGUUCGGCGCGGAGGCGUACCGCGUCGCCGGGCGGUCGAACAAGGUUGAGGUUCGCGCGGCUGUAUCGUUUUACGACGAGGCGAGCGGCACGUUCCACGGCGCGACGUGCUCGAGCGUCCCCGAGGAGGUGACGCUGCCGCCGCCCGAGGCGGCGAAUGGCGCGGGGCGGCCGCAGCCGGCCAAGGGGAAGAACGCGAGAGACAACGCGGGGAAGCCCAAGCUUCCCGUCGCGACGCUGGACGUGCAACACGACGUCUACUUCACGACGAAAAUUCGCGACGCGCGGUGUCUUCUCGUCCUGGAGAUUGUGCUCGUGGAGAGGCGCGGCGGGACGAUCGUCCGCGAGACGAGCGGCGGGUGGGCCGCGAUCCCUACCGUGGACAAGAACGGCCGGGAGCCGGUCGGGGAGCCGUCGUCCGCGCCGAUCCGCGCCGGGAGCCCGCGGUAUCUGAUGUGGGGCCGCCCGAGAGCGGGGCAGCAUCCGCCCGCGCAGCUCGGCGACGCGCGCGUGCACUUCAUAUACGAGCCCGCGCCGAUGCUCUCGCACGCCAAGGCGCUCAUCCCGGACGACUUCCCGGUGACGUACGGCGACGUCAUCCCCGGGAUGUUGCGAUUCGAUCCGUUCGGGCAGCUCACGUCGAACGCGCUCGCGAUCACGUCGACGCUGGCGGCGCCGGUGCUCGCGCCGACGCGACGCGUCGCGCUCCGAGGUCUCAAAGUGCGGCUCCCGAAGGCGCUGACCGACGUCGUCGCCGCGUCGCCGGCGACGGCGCGCGCGAUCCACGGGCCGGACGCGCAGCCGCCGUCGAUGGAAUCGCUCGCGGCGAAUCCCACCGCCGCGGCGGCGGCGGUGGCGGCGUCAAAGUGCGUGUUUAUGCGCGCGAGCGUGCACAACGGCCGGCGGUUCGUCGGCGCGUCCGUCGACGUCGACGCGUGGGCCGCGGACGUCGACGGCGUGUCCACGAUUCGACUCACGAAGGACGCGGUCGUGCCAAACGUCCCCGAGGACGUCCUCGUCGUGUUGAUCCUCGAGGUGAUGUACCGCGCCCCGGGGACGAACGACGCGCCGUACGUCCUGGGGUGGACCGCGGUGAGCCCGUUCAAACCCGGCGCUGAUUUCGGCGACGCCGUCACCGCGGACGCCCCCGGCGGGUUGGAGCUUCGCGUCGGCGGGCGAGAGGCGACGCUGCGCACGACGCGCGGGCCGAGGAGCGAGCCCGCGGUGGAUUGGAGGUCCGUCGUGCAAGCCCCGCACGAGGUGUGGCGCGGCGUCGUGCGCUACCGCGGCGUCGCCGCCGCGGAGGACAACGCGAUCGCGAUGUCGUUCGAGGCGAUCGCCGCGCACGGCGACGCGGGGGAUCCGGGGACGCCCGGCAGGGCGAAGGUUUCGAAGAUCGCCGGCGGCGGCGGGUCGAGAGCGGGCGCCGGCGCGGGCCGGCCGGACCUGCGCGAGCAGAUCAUGGCGUCGCCGCGCGGGGACCAGCAGCUCGCGGCGCUCGCGGCGGCGAUGCAGGCGCAGAUCAACCAGCUCGCGCACACGGUGCAUGAGCUGAGGAACUCGCCCGUGCGCACGGUGGCGGCGCUGCCCGCGGCGCCCGCGGCUCCCGCUCCCGCGCCCGCGGCGGCGAUCUCGACGGAGCCGGAGGAGGAGUGGCCGGGCGGCGGCGAUCCGAACGGCCCCGCGUCCGCGCCGAAGGACGCGGCGAGGAACCUCUUCAGCGGCGGCGUCGCGGCGGCGAACCCCACCAAGGGUUUGGGAGGGUUCACGCGCGCGACGAGGGCUCGGCUGCACGCCGCGGGCGCGGACGCGACGCUCCCGCCCGACGUGCGACUCGCGCUGCGCGCGGGCGCCGCCGCGGAGUCGGCACGCCGCACCGGCGCGCCGCCGCCGCCGCCGGACAUGCUCAAGGAACACAAGGACAUCAAAGCCGUGAACGAGGUCAUCAUUCAGUUCCUCGCGUACCGGAAGCUCGACGCGAUCAACGCGGCGAACGACGGGCUCGCGGACGUGCACUUCACGUUCAACUUUUUCGAUUUCCCCGGAUCGACGUCGCGAGCGUGCCGUCUCACGCCGUCCGACGCGAAGCCCGGGGAGCCGCAGCUGCUCGUCCCCGAGGGCGCGGCGAGAGACACGCGCUCGACGAGCGCGGGCGCGAGCGCCAAAGCCGGCGAGGCGUGGUUCAAAUUCGUCGUCGACGGCGACGGGAACGGCGCGGGGGACCGGCGGUGCGACGCGCACGACGCGAUGCACGCGCGCCGCGUCGAUUUCGUCGAAUACCUCGCGAGAGAUCAGCUCCACGUGGACGUCACGGCGUCGCGAGCGUCGACUUGGCGGGGUUGCUUCGGCAGGGGAGAGAGAGCGCGGAGGUGCUCGUGGAGGCGCACGUGA